AUGAUCGGUCGAUUUGUUUCGCAGGUGUUUUGUGUGGUGUGCUGUGACCUGAGAUUCAGACUGACUCAUCUCAGUGGGAAAGAGGGGCGUGUUUGUGUCACCUGUCAUUCAGUUUUGAUGAACCGGGACAAAGGAGACUACACUUUGGAGGAGAAGAGAACAGAGUCGUCGCUCUUAGAGGAGUUGGAGAGAGGUCUUGUUGAGCCUCUGGUGUUUGUGCUCAAUGCAAACCUGCUGGCUGUGGUGAAGAUUGUCAGCUAUGUUAACCGGCGGUGUUGGUGUGUUAUGUCGAAGGGCAUGCACGCUGUUGGACAGCCAGAGGUGGUCAUUUUACUGCAGUGUUUGCCUGAGGAGAAGAGAUUCCCGACGGAUAUUUUCAAUCAUUUCAUUCAGAUCUACUGGGAUGCCCAGACAGGAAAGCUUCUGAAUCACCUGAGUCACUCUUUGGUAUCCCGAGGCUUUCUGGGUAAUAACGAGCAUGCUGGCUUUCUUUACGUGCGUCUGUCGUUCCAGUCUGUGGAGGGCCUGUCGGUACCUGUACCUCCCUUCCUGUUCGGGCUCCUCAUGCUCCGUGCAGAGGCUCCAUGGGCCAGAGCCUUUCCCCUGAGACUCAUGCUGCGUUUAGGAGCGGAGUACAGAUUCUAUCCCUGUGUGCGCUUCAGAGAGCCUCUCUUCGGACCUGUCAACAACAGUAUUAUGAGACUCUUAGUGGAUUUCCGUUUUUACCGUUACACACUGCCGACGGUGCCGGGGCUCAUGGUUGAUCUAGAGCAAAGCACCUGUAUAAGAAUCCCUAAAACACAUCAUCCAGAGCUGCUGAAGGCUCUGAAUAAGUCUAAUGAGAGAGUGCUGGCCCUGGGCGCCUGCUUUAACGAGCAGGCCGACUCUCAUCUGAUUUGCGUGCAGACGGCAGAUGGACAGUACCUGACCCAGGCCAUCAGCAUUCACAGCCAGCCACGCAAAGUCACGGACUCUGGGUUUUUUGUGUUCAGUGGAGCGCUCAAGUCUUCAUCAGUGUACUUGGCCAAGUCCAGCAUUGUGGAUGAUGGUUUAAUGGUGCAGGUAACCAUCGAGACCAUGGCUGAGUUGCGCCGAUCUCUACGGGACAUGAAAGACUUCACGGUCACGUGUGGUAAACUCCAGCCAGUGGAGAGGCAGGAAUAUGUGCACAUUCAAUGGCAGGACGAAGAGCCAAUCUUUAAUAAAGGCAUCAUAAGCCCCAUCGAUGGCAUGUCUAUGGAGUCUCUCACAAACAGCAAGACCCAUCAGCACUUAGAAUACAGAGCCAGUGGGAAGCUCAUACGCUGGACAGAGGUAAACUGA